AUGACCGCCGAGCUGCGUCCGCGGGCCGCGAGCCACAACCGAGACCCACUCGUACCCGAGGCGCCGUUGCUGCCUCGCUAUAGAGGAUCGUUGCCACCGCGCUCGCCUUCUCAAUCACCGCUGCGUCGACGGAAGCGACUGCUGCUGCUGGGCUUCGUGCUGUACUCGUCGCUCGUGGUCCUUUGGCUCAUCCGCAUAAACGCGAGAGGCGGCAACGGAGUGAACACGCCAGCAGGUGACUUCGUAUCUACUGCAAACCUGGAUGAAGCCAAGAUGGAGUAUCUACAUUUGCACGAGGACCGCGAGCUGCGCACCGCGUUCCCGUUCGCAGAGCUGGAAAUGGAGUUCCUGCACCAGAAUUUGUCGGUCGAGAGGGACGAGCAGGCAAUCGCUGAAGCUGAGGCACACGCAAAGACGCUGAAGACUUACCCAGUGUCGGAAAGCAAGAUCAGGAGAGUGCGUUGCAUUGGCUGGAGAGCAACGGAUGCGUGUAAUCCCCUUGGACCUCGGGUGCCGAGCCUUGACGAGCCCUGCAAUAAGGUGAUCCCCUUUGGCUCGUCAGGUUACUGUGAAGUCCAAGAUAAAGACACUGGAGAAAGCUUCCGCGUCAUGCACCGAUACUGCUCUAGUGUGCGGGACACGGCAAGAUUCCGCUGCUCCGAAUCCUGGGACUUCGCCGUUUUUCCGCAAAAAGCUCGUGACACAGCGAGGAAGGCACAAGCUCAAGAUUUCAUGCUGCCAAAUAUCGCCCAAAAGCCUGGUGACCAGCAAGAGCCUCGUGAUGGCAUCGUUAUGGUGGUGUAUCCUAAAUUGUUAGCGAGUGCCUACGCUACGAUUCGUGCACUGCGGGAGCUGCUGGGCUGCGACUUGCCCAUUGAGCUUUGGUUUCGAUCACAGGAGAUGAAGUACUUCCCCGAAGCAUUCGCACAACUGCAAGAGUGGUCGAGCGAAGGGAGUGGCACGAUCACCUUCCGAGAAAUCGACCAGCCCGGAGUAACGGGCUUUGCUACCAAGGUCUUUGCUAUUUAUCACAGCUUUUUCGAGCGCGUGCUGUUCCUGGAUGCCGACAACGUGCCAGUGCGUGACCCAACCUUCCUAUUCAAUUCGUCUGAGUUUGUAGAAACGGGAGCGGUCUUUUGGCCGGACUUCUGGCAUCCUGGGAAGACCAUCUUCAAUAUUCAGCCGCAUUCACUCGUGUGGGAGCUGCUGGACUUGCCGUUUGUCAGCAUGUUCGAGCAGGAGAGCGGCCAGCUACUUGUCGACCGACGGCGGCAUGCUGCCCCGCUGGAGCUCGUGAAGUUUUACACCUUCCACCGCCCGAACCAUUUUGACAAGAUGAAGUUGGCGCACGGUGACAAGGACCUCUUCCGGUUUGCGUGGCUCAAGCUUGGAGCUCCGUUCCACAUGAUCGAGUCGCCCCCUGCUGUCGCUGGCAAAGUCGUGAACGACAGUUUCUGCGGCAUGACCAUGGUGCAAUACGACGCGCAGGGUGACGUUCUCUUUCUGCACCGCAACUCGCACAAACUCAUGGGCACGCCUCGGCGGAAGGCGGUCAACAUGAAGGCAGCAGCCAUCCGUCGCGCGCGCAACAAGCGGCUGCGCAUGAAGAUGGCGGAGGCCGAUCGCGUCACUCUCACCGGUGAAGAAGCCGCACGCACUGCUCUGGACGAAACCCCGUCGCCGACCUUGGAAGCGCCCGAGCCGGACGGAUACCCCGACAUGGCGAUCUGGACGCACCUCGUCUCGCUCCGGAACUCGUCGCGUCGAUCGGACUACCGCAUCGGGACGUACAACGCGGACCCGGACUUCGAGAAGGGGCAGAACUGCUACGGACAGCGCUACCUGAACCAGAGCCAGCACUUUGUCGCGCACGAGUUCGCCAACCUCAGCUUCGGCGGGCUCGAGAUGGAGCUGCGGCGCUUCGCGAUGGAGGGUGCUCGCUUCUACGAGCAGGCCGGGAUUACGGGACGGUAG